GGGCAGUGAGCAUGGGCAUGUGCUGCUUAGUCAACCAUCAACUUGACACAAUUUAGUAUUCGUUGGGAAGAGAGUCUUCAUGAGAAAUCCUCUACAGGGACAUAGGUGACUGGCUGCUUGCUUGAGUUCCUGCCUUGACUUCCCCCCAAAGACCUGGAAUACCACCCUGACAGCUGCUGCAGAGUCCUGGCCACAUCAUGCCCCGUGCUGGGGUCCGCAGCUGCUGGGGUGGCCAAAUAUUGCCCCUGCUUCUGGCUUAUAUCUGCUACCUGCUGCUUGGGGCCACCGUCUUCCAGCUGCUGGAGAAACAGGCAGAGGCUCAAUCCAGGGACCAGUUCCAGCUGGAAAAGCUACGCUUCUUAGAGAACUACACCUGCCUGGACCAGCAGGCCCUGGAGCAGUUUGUACAGGUCAUCCUGGAAGCCUGGGUGAAAGGAGUGAACCCUAAAGGCAACUCCACCAACCCCAGCAACUGGGACUUCGGGAGCAGCUUCUUCUUUGCAGGCACAGUGGUCACCACCAUAGUUAAGUCCAAGUCCAAUUCCGUCCAUCUUCCUUGGCAAGCCAGGCAGAGUGACAGAGGAGGUUAUGGAAACCUAGCACCCAGCACGGAGGCAGGGCAGAUCUUCUGUGUCUUCUAUGCCCUGAUGGGAAUCCCACUCAACGUGGUCUUCCUCAACCAUCUGGGCACAGGGCUGCGUGCCCACCUGACCACGCUGGACAGGUGGGAGGACCACCCCAGGCAUUCCCAGCUCCUGCAGGUCCUGGGCCUGGCUCUGUUCCUGACCUUGGGGACCCUGGUCAUUCUCAUCUUCCCACCCAUGUUCUUCAGCCACGUGGAGGGCUGGAGCUUCCGGGAAGGCUUCUACUUCGCCUUCAUCACCCUCAGCACUAUUGGCUUCGGGGACUAUGUUGUCGGCACAGACCCCAGCAAGCAUUACAUCGCUGUGUAUCGGAGCUUGGCAGCUAUAUGGAUCCUACUAGGACUGGCGUGGCUGGCGGUGGUCCUCAGCCUGGGAUCCCUGCUUCUGCACAGGUGCUCCCGGCUCUGGCAGCUCAUCAGAGGCCUGGACCUUAAGGAUGGAGCAGCCCCUGACUCUGAGCCCAGAUCGCAGAAAAUCCCCAUCUCUGCAUGAGACCCAAGUGCCCUGGCCUCCCCAAACCCAAUGCCAUUCCCUGCCCUUCCCCUUUCUUCUCAACCCACACACUACCCAGCAUCUCUCCAGAGAGAGAAAGGAGACAGAUGUGCCUACAAAGUUACUGAGGGGAGAUGAGGAGACAUUAAUCAAAGAUCUGCAUGGAUGGAGAUGUGAAGGUUGCCCUUGGGAGCUUUCCCCCAUCUCCCAAAGAGAACCCGGAGGAGUUAAACCCAACAUGGAUCGUGGUGGCCAAAU